AUGUGCGUGCUUAGUGAGAUUACUUUCGGUUUAGAGAAUAAACUCAAGAGGAAGCACUCGGAGCCAGCGCAGUGCGCGACGUCCGGCGUGCGGCGCGGCGCGGGUCCGGCGGGCGAGCGGCCGAGACAAAAUUCUUGCUUUGUUGAUAAAAAAUUGUUUAAAAAGGGAGAAAGAGAUGAAAUUAUGAUUCCGGCCAGGAUCGAACUGGCGGCCUUCUGCGUG